UAUAAGACAUUCGAGAGAAGACAAUAUGCACACACAUACAGAAUGGGUCAAUUGACUCAUACUUUGGUUGAUAAACACUAAGCUUUACCUGCAAUCAUCACAGCAACUUUAGGACGGUAUUUUUAAAGCGACCCUUAUCGGAAAAUUUUCCUGUGUAAUCGAUUUCUGAAUACUAAACCAAAAUGGCGCUGAACAGCGCACCUUUUCUAGUGGGACUGAUACUUAUACAUUGUACUUCUGGUUUGCGAUGGUGGCAGACUUUGGCACCCCUCGGGCUGAACCAUUGCCCGGAGUCUAGUGGAGAAGGAAAUGUCUGUUACGAUCUGGUUAAAUCCAGUAACAACUGCUCCUACGUGUGUCAGUUUGUCAAACCAAUCGAGUCCUUCUUUCGGGAGAUCUACAAUUUAUGCGAACAUCCAGACUGGUCGUCAUCCAAGAAUAUUGAAUGUCAUUAUUACCAAUGUCAGAAGAAGUGCUGUGGCGGAUGGGUCAAGGACGAAAGUGGAAGGUGUUCGAUCGAAAGUACAGAAAUUGACUGUCAUAAUGGAGGAACACCGCACGGUGAACACUGCAUCUGUCCAGAACAUUUCACAGGCAAAACGUGUGAAACAGCUGUUUGUGAAGGAGGAUGCAUUAAUGGCGGCGAGUGCAGAAAAUUGGAUCCACAUUUGCCUCCCAAAUGUAUUUGUCCCGCCAAUUUCACUGGCAAUUCAUGCGAAAAGGCGGUUUGCGGUGAUGGCUGUUUGAAUGGUGGCUCAUGCAUAUCUACGUACUAUGGAGUCACGUGUGUAUGUCGGGUCGGUUUUCUUGGAAGUCGUUGUGAAAAGGAGCACUGCGAGAGAUGUAGGUUCUUCCACAGACAUUAUGACACAUCAUGCUCACGCAACUGCAAGAGUGACCAUGACUGCGAAAAGGAGGAAACAUGUUGUGAGCACAGGGGCAAGAAUAUUUGUGUUGUCAAGAAAGAGAAAGCUUACCAAACUUGUUCUAGUACUAUUGACAACUUUCCCUACAUUAAAACGAUUCAAGUUGGUGAAGUGACUACAAAUACAUGGGGUAAAAAGUGCAUGUGCAUGCCCGGGUAUAAGGAUGGUUAUUUGAAUUGUGCAGACAAUGUGUGUGAAGCAGACGACAUAGAGGAAAAUACGUGCACUCGCCACGGAGAUGGCAUUAUACAUGAUGUGGAUAAAGUUCCUGAUUAUGUCGAAUAUUCUCCUCCUAAAAUUUAUAAUUGUCCGGUAAGAUAUACACGAGUAAUGGUGGAGGUACAGGACCAGUCUAAUGUGGCUCUUCUUUAUCACCAAUUCCGGGCACGUGACUACUUGGGGGAAGAAAUUCAUGUUAACAUCAGUCAACAGAAGUUCUACGCCUGCAACUGUGCUUUUGGUCAAAGGGUGAGAGCGAACGCAACAACGGUUGAUCGACAUGGCGGCAAAACAACCUGCUGCUUCACUGUGGAAAUUGUCGAUCGCCAUCCGCCAAGGCUCUCCAACUGCCCCGCGGAUAUUUAUGCUGUGGCGGGAGAAAAGAUAUCCUGGACUAUUCCAAAGGCCACGGACAACGUCGGAAUCCGAGACCUGUGGAUAGAACCAAAUGUGAUCAACGGGUCUCAUAUCGGAAAGGGGGAUCACGUAUUUCGCUAUGUCGCCGAAGACUGGUAUGGCAACAAGGCAGAGUGUCGCUUCCUCGUCAGUAUAACAGGAUCUGACUCGGAUGGGUGGUCUUCUGAUAUGAAAUCAAGAAUUACCAUAAACAAGUCGGUUAUCAUAGGGGCUGUUGUUCUUGGAAUCCUGGCCAUCGCGCUUCUAGUCCUUAUCGUGGUGGUGUUCCAUGUUUGCAAAAGAGUUCGUAUUUCCAGAUACCGACCAGGAAGGACUCCCCGACAAGACAUCGCUAACCGUACACCGGCACAGAUUGACGCAUGUCUAUCAGAACCGCCCCCCUACGAAGUCGCCGCAAAAGAUAAACUUCCGGACUACAAACCACGUGACGAUCCACCCGUGUACGAAGAUAUUUGCAAAGACAAAAGCAAUGAAAACGAAAUUGAGGGGUGCACCAGUCCUAUCUAUACGAUAUCAGGACCCGGCGACAAUUUCAGAGGAGACGCUGUAAAUCCUAACACGACCAUCACCGAUGUGUGAUAACUGUAGAGUGUGUCGAUAGAUAGAGCAUAAUAUCAAACUUUGACUAUCAAGUAUUUUGAUUAGAACAGAAUAAUUUUUUAUGCUUCGUGUUUUAAUAUCAUACUAAUUGUAUUAAUGAUAUCUGUCAUGUCCUGUUCUCCCACGGUGACAAAUCUACUGAAUUACGAGUCGUGUAAUGUGCUUCUUCAUGCAGUGCUUAACCAAGACGUUGACUCAUUGUUUUCAACUUACUGAAGAUGAAGCAAGCAUCCCCGUGCUCAUGAAGUUGAUUUCUUUUGUUAUCCUUCCAGCUUGUAAUUUUCUUUGUACAUUCUAUAUUAUCUAUAUGGAAUUUUGAUUCCAAUAUACAUUUGUUAAAUGAUUAAAAAUUCUAAGAGUGCC